AUGUUUAGAAGCAAAUGCGCAAGAGAUUGGUUUCAUGAUAAUAAACAUUUAAUGUUAACAUGGACAAUCUUUACACAAAAAUUAAUAAAAAGAUUUGAUUCUUCAUGUAAAGUUGAUAUUUCAUUUAAUCGUUUACGUCAUUAUGAACAAGAUAUUAUUCAAGAUGUGAGACAAUAUUAUUUUGAAAUUAUGAAAUUAUGUAAAGAAUCUAAUCCUUUUAUGAAUGAUGCUAGCAAAUUGCAAUAUUUGAAAGAUGUUUUAAAACCUUCUUUAUGUUUUGAUGUAUUAUUAAAAAAUCCACAAAAUACGGAAGAAUUUUUAGAAUAUGCUCAAAAGAUUGAAGAACUUAAGUCAUUAAAUGAAAAACAAGAUGUUUCAAUCUAUUCUACAGAAGAAGCAUUUACAAAUUCACCAACAAUUAAUUCAAGAAAUGUAAACAACAAGUCACAACAAAUUGAUCAACCGUUUCUACCCCGAAAAUCAAAUGAUAAUAAUGUACAUUAUAAAACUAAUUAUAGCAACAACAUUGCCAAUCAAAUUCUUACUGAUGCAUCAACAACUCAAGCUCAAUAUCAUAAUGAUAUACCUAAAUCACCAUAUCGAUGUUAUAAAUGUGGUGCUGAUGAUCAUUUGAUUCGUCAUUGUCCUUAUUUUCAAUAG